AUGCCAGGUCAAGUGCCGCCACCCGGGCAUGCCGGUCACCGAGAUGCUGCGGCCGCCUGCCGGACGGACAUGCCGGUGGAGACGACCACGGCAGCCGCGGCGGCCACCACUCACAAUGCCUCCGCCAUGGACCUGUCUUCUCCGUCAAACUACCGGCCUCCUUCGCCGCAUCUGAGCUCGAACUUCGCCAAUUGGAUUACCGCCUCCCUGGCGGCCGGCCCCGAGGGAACAUGCAUGACCUUCGCUCGGCUGGCGGCUGAUGUUGUGGCACUGGGCCUGUCUCCGGAGCAGCUCGAGGCGGCCCUGGCCGCGGCACCCAACCAGCCGCCCUUGGACAUGCUGUACCUCCGGUGGCCGGGCUUCACUUCCGGGCCGUCGAUGACGGCCACCGUCACCACCUCGGCCGGCCGGUCACCCGACUCGGAUGCCAUGACCCCCGGGGUCAGUGACCCCCGGCCGGGGACCCCGCCACCGGGCCACGACGUCGGGCCGAGCGUCGAGGACUUCGCCGCCGAGCGUGCCUCGUCUCCUGGCUCCAACUACGGGGCCGGCGUCAAGCCGCUGGUCCUCCUGGCCUGUGGGUCCUUCUCCCCGAUCACCAAUAUGCACCUCCGGAUAUUUGAGAUGGCUCGUGACCACAUUCGCUUGAACCACCCCGAGCUGGCGGCCAUUGCCGGCAUCGUGUCGCCCGUCCAUCCGGCCUACGCCAAGCCGAAUCUCCUGGCCCCGGCCCAUCGGCUGCGCCUCUGCCGACUGGCCACCGCCACCAGCGACUGGCUGGUGGUCGAUGAUUGGGAAAUGAGCCAGCUUGAGUGGACUCCCACCGCGCGGGUGCUGAAGCAUGUUUACUCAACAGUCAACUUGAACAUCCCGGCCGACUCGCCGGUGGACAUCGGCGUCAUGCUCCUAUGCGGGGCGGACCUGAUUGACUCGUUUAAUGUUCCCGGCCUGUGGGCCGACGAGGAUCUUGAUGAAAUCAUCUCACAGCAUGGCGUUGUGGUGAUUGAGCGCCAGGGGACCGACCUCAAGGCGGUCAUUGCGGCCUCGCCCAUCCUCUCCAAAUACAAGGAUCGCUUCAUCGUGGUGCCACAGCUCUUGAACAAUGAUGUUUCCUCGACCAAAGUCCGCGAGCUUCUUUCUAAACAGAUGUCCAUCCGCUACCUGGUCCCCGACAGCGUAGCUGAGUACAUCGCUGAGCACAACCUGUUCAACCCGGCCGCCGCGGCCGGCACCAGUCCCCCCUCCUCGCAGAACACUUCACCGGCUCCAUCCACAAGCCCCCCUCCAGCUGGCGCUGGUCUGCCGGCGGACCCCGGCUCGACAGGGUAG